AUGGUCGAGCUCGAAGCACUAGCAUUAGCCAAGAUAACGUUUCUUCGCAAACUGUCGGUGGUUCAGAUUGACCAUCCUCGAAGAUCGACACCCGGAGCGUGGACAAUGGGAGAGACUUUCGAGAUGAUGGGAGUGGUGCGGGAUAUGCGAAACGCGGGAAUCGAGUUGAGAUUCGGAUUGGACCCGCGUAGUGAGUUUGGGAGCCAACCUCACCGAGGUAUGGUUCCACCGCUCCCCGGCUCCUGGGAGCCACCUGGCAACCUAUUCACUAGCUUCGAUGAUCCAGUUGAGGUUGAGGUCUUCGAUCUAGAAGACUAG